AUGAAUCACGAACAAGUGCAGCACCAACUGGCCGAGGCGUCCGACACGCUCGACUCACUCCAUGAGCGACUGCAACUGGCGCUGAAGCAGAGCUCGGUCGAUGUCAUUCGCAAGGCGCGCGAGACGACAUCGCAGCGGCUUGAGCAGGAGCGGGAGCGGCACUCCAACCCGACUCGCAGCGCCGCUCCUCUGCACCCGAGUGGGCAGCCAGUCGCACACAGGCCACCAAGUCAUAACAGCAGCAGCAGCAGCAGUGGCUGUGGCUGUGGCUGGACCGGUCUCGUCCUCGGAGCAGCCGUCAUUGCUGGCGUUGUGGCGUACUACGCUGCUCUCGUCACUGUCGAAGAGCGCACCGUGGUCCCCAUCUAA